GAUUGGAAUACCUGAAUCACAUGAUUGGGAGGGGAUUGGAACACCUGAAUCACAUGAUAUGGAGGGGAUUGGAAUACCUGAAUCACAUGAUUGGGAGGGGAUUGGAACACCUAAAUCACAUGAUUGGGAGGGGAUUGGAACACCUGAAUCACAUGAUUGGGAGGGGAUUGGAACACCUGAAUCACAUGAUAUGGAGGGGAUUGGAACACCUGAAUCACAUGAUAUGGAGGGGAUUGGAACACCUGAAUCACAUGAUAUGGAGGGGAUUGGAACACCUG